AAAUGGGAAAUUCGGUUUUUAAACGUUUAUUUGCUGAUAAAAAUGUACGGAUAUUAAUUAUUGGAUAUAAAAAUUCUCAACAAUCUUACAUCCUGGAUAAUUUGAAGCUGGGUGAAAUAAGUUAUAUUGUGCUGGGAAAUGGGCUUUACGCAGAAGUACUACGAUAUAAAAAUGUAGAAAUGACAGCUAUAGAUAUGGGAGGCAGAAUGUCAAUACGCCCAUUGUUACCACACUACUAUACUACGAUAGAGGGACUUGUAUUCGUUUUGGAUUGUUGUGGGAAGAUACAGCAAGACGUUCUACCAAGUGAUGUACCUGUUCUUAUUCUAGCCCAUAAUCACGACGACCCGCGCGCAAUUUCACUAGAUGAUAUCCGGGAACAAUUUGGGAAAGAAAAAUGCUUCAUAGAUAGACACUGGACGGUCCAUGAUGUCAACUUUUCUGAUAAAGAAGACAACGGAUUGCUCGAAGCGUUUGGUUGGCUCUCGGAUCAGAUGAUAAUCAAUGAAAAACAAAAUAUGGCAUUGGAUAUAUUUACUGGGACAGAUAACAACGGGAAGACUGACACAUUUGACCAAAAGCUCGGCGAUUAA